AUGCUUGCUGCUUCAUUCAAACGCCAACCAUCGCAAUUGGUCCGUGGGCUAGGAAGUGUUCUUCACACCUCCACCAGGAUAGGCCAUGUUCGUACUAUGGCAACUUUAAAAACAACCGAUAAGAAGGCCCCUGAGGACAUCGAGGGUUCAGACACGGUGCAAAUUGAAUUGCCCGAAUCUUCCUUUGAAUCGUAUAUGCUGGACCCACCAGACUUGUCUUAUGAAACUUCCAAGGCAACCUUGUUACAAAUGUAUAAAGAUAUGGUCAUCAUCAGAAGAAUGGAAAUGGCUUGUGAUGCCUUGUACAAGGCCAAGAAAAUCAGAGGUUUUUGCCAUCUAUCUGUUGGUCAAGAGGCUAUUGCUGUCGGUAUCGAGAAUGCCAUCACAAAAUUGGAUUCCAUCAUCACAUCUUACAGAUGUCACGGUUUCACUUUCAUGAGAGGUGCCUCAGUGAAAGCUGUUUUGGCUGAAUUGAUGGGUAGGAGGGCCGGUGUCUCCUAUGGUAAGGGUGGUUCCAUGCAUCUUUACGCUCCGGGCUUCUAUGGUGGUAAUGGUAUUGUGGGUGCCCAAGUUCCUUUAGGUGCAGGUUUAGCUUUUGCUCACCAAUACAAGAACGAAGACGCGUGCUCUUUCACUUUAUAUGGUGAUGGUGCCUCCAACCAGGGUCAAGUCUUUGAAUCUUUCAACAUGGCAAAAUUAUGGAAUUUGCCAGUUGUGUUUUGCUGUGAGAACAACAAGUACGGUAUGGGUACCGCUGCUUCAAGAUCCUCCGCGAUGACUGAGUACUUCAAGCGUGGUCAAUAUAUUCCAGGUUUAAAGGUUAACGGUAUGGAUAUUCUAGCUGUCUACCAAGCAUCUAAAUUUGCUAAGGACUGGUGUUUAUCUGGUAAAGGCCCUCUUGUUCUAGAAUAUGAAACCUAUAGAUACGGUGGUCAUUCUAUGUCUGAUCCUGGUACCACAUACAGAACUAGAGACGAAAUUCAGCACAUGAGAUCCAAAAACGAUCCAAUUGCUGGUCUCAAGAUGCAUUUGAUCGAUUUGGGAAUUGCCACUGAAGCUGAAGUCAAGGCUUACGACAAGUCCGCCAGAAAAUACGUCGACGAACAAGUUGAAUUAGCUGAUGCUGCUCCUCCUCCAGAAGCUAAAUUAUCCAUCUUGUUUGAAGAUGUCUACGUGAAAGGUACAGAAACUCCAACUCUAAGAGGUAGAAUUCCUGAAGACACUUGGGACUUCAAAAAGCAAGGUUUUGCCUCCAGAGAUUAA